CAUAUAAUGGAAACAUUGCUCAUAAUCGACAAAAAUAUUUUGAGACAUCACCAAAAUGGAAGGUGUGCAAUAUUUUUUUAUAUGCUGUUUACUAUUGUUCAGUGAAAGUUUUGCAGAUGACGAGUUGAAUACUCGAAGAUUCCCUGAAAAUUUCAAAUUUGGUGUAGCGACCGCAUCUUAUCAAGUAGAAGGAGGAUGGAACGCGAGCGAUAAAAGUCCAAAUAUUUGGGAUUACGCACUGCAUAAAAAUCCAGAUCUAGUAGUAAACAGAGAUAAUGGAGAUGUUGCUUGCGAUUCCUAUCAUAAAUAUAAAGAAGAUGUUGCUCUCCUGAAAGACCUCGGUGUAGACUUCUACAGGUUUUCUCUCUCGUGGUCAAGGAUAUUGCCAAACGGAAUCGAUGAUAAAAUAAGUGUCGAUGGUGUGAACUACUACAAGAAUUUAAUCGCAGAGCUGCGAAAUAAUAACAUCGAACCCUUGAUAACGAUCUACCACUGGGAUCUUCCACAGAUACUACAAGAUGCUGGGGGUUGGACAAAUGAUAAUAUCGUCGAUUGGUUUGUGGCAUACGCCAACGUUUGCUUUAAAGAAUUUGGAAACGACAAUAAAAAUUGGUUAGUAUUCAAUGAACCUAAACAAACAUGUCAAAUGGGUUACGGUACAGCUGAACAUGCACCCUUCAUCAACUCUUCCGGCGUAGGAGAAUAUGUCUGCGCUCAUAACUUGUUGAAAGCGUACGCGAAAACAUGGCACUUGUACAAUGCAGUUUAUAGGAACGUACAGGGAGGUCGCGUGGGUAUAACCAUUGACUCUUCAUGGUUCGAACCUGCCACAGAGAGCCGUGAAGACAUAGAAGCAGCAGAAAGAGGGUUGCAUUUCACGUUCGGAUUGUACGCCAACCCAAUAUUGAAUAGAGACUAUCCCGCAGUGAUGAAAUCGCUUAUAGCAAAGCGCAGUAGCGAAGAAGGUUUGGUAAAGUCGCGUCUUCCAGCCUUCACCGAGGAGGAAAUAGAAUACAUCAGUGGAUCCUACGAUUUUCUUGGCGUGAAUACUUAUACUUCGAAUAUGGCCAAGGCGGAAAAUAAUCCAGAUCCAAGCCCAGGGUCCCAUCAAGAUGCUGAGAUUGCUACCUGGCAGCCAGACGAGUGGGAAAGGACAAAUUCAAGUUGGUUAAAAGUGACUCCUUGGGGAGCAAGAAAACUUUUGAAUUGGAUUAAAAAUACUUAUGGAAAUCCCGAAAUUAUAAUAACAGAAAAUGGACUUUCUGAUGACGACUCGACCUUGGAGGACGAUAACAGAAUUCGAUUCUACCAGUCCUAUUUGAGUAAUAUUCAUGAUGCAAUGGAGUUAGAUGGGGUCAACGUAACUGGUUACACAGCAUGGAGUUUUAUGGAUAAUUUCGAAUGGACUAAGGGAUAUUCGGAGAGAUUUGGAAUUUAUCAUGUGGACUUUAGUAGCCCAAACAGAACCAGGAUCAAGAAGAAGUCAGCGACGUGGUACCAAAAUUUAAUCAAAACUAAAUGUAUUGUAGAUGAAUGUAUAGACUAAAAAUUGGAUGUAAAACAACUUAUUUGAGAAGGAUUAAAAAAUAUAAACAAUCUACUGUA